AUGUCUCUCUGUACUGAUGUAAGCCAAGUGAAAAAAGAUCUUGGGACAGUAAUCGGUAUAGAUCUUGGAACGACAUAUUCAUGUGUUGGUAUUUUUAAAAAUUGUCAUGUUGAAAUAAUUGAAAAUGAUCAAGGUAAUCGAAUAACUCCAUCUUGUGUUGCUUUUACACCUGAUGGUGAACGACUAAUUGGUGAUGCUGCUAAGAAUAUACUUACAUGA